AUGGAGGACAGUUUCAACACCAAAUCAUCAGUAUCUACCUUCACUCUUCAGCGUUCUUCAGAGACAAUGGUUUCUAUUCAGCUCCUCAAUUUCAGAACAAGUUUACUUGAAGCACUAGAAGAGCUGCGUAUGAGAAGGGAAGCAGAGACUCAAUAUGAAGAGCAGAUUGCUAAAAUUAUUAUGGAGACACAAGAACUGAAAUGGCAAAAGGAGACUCUUGAGAAUCAAAAGGAAGCAUUAAUAAAGCAACACAAAGAAGCAAUGGGAGUUUUUAAAAAUCAGCUGCAAAUGAAGAUGUAUGCCUUGGAAGAAGAAAAGGGAAAAUACAAACUUGCUACAGAAAUCAAAGAAAAAGAAAUAGAAGGAUUGAAGGAAACAUUAAAAACAUUGCAGGUUUCUCAAUAUUCUUUACAGAAGAAAGUGAGUGAAAUGGAACAAAAGGCUCAUUUACACCAUCUAGCUAAAGAAGAUUAUCACAAGCAACUUAAUGAAAUUGAAAAAUACUAUGUUACAAUAACAAAUCAGUUUGGAUUGGUGAGAGAGAAUCAUGUAAAGUUAGAACAAAAUGUACAAGAAGCAAUACAGUUAAACAAAAGACUCUCCACCUUAAAUGAAAAACAAGAAUCUGAAAUUCACAGUUUAAAGAAGGAACUAAAGAAAGCAGCUUCAGAGUUGAUUAAGUUCAAGGUCACAUGUCAGCAUAAGAUGGAGGAAGAAAGUAUAGAUCUAAUAAUUAAAGAACAAAGAUGUGAAGAGCUCCAAGAAAGACUCAACAUGGAACUGGAAUUAAAUAGGAAAAUUAAUGAAGAGAUUACCCAUAUUCAAGAAGAAAAGCAGGAUAUCAUCAUUUCUUUUCAACAUAUGCAGCAAUUACUUCAGCAAGAAACUCAAGCUAAUACUGAAAUGAAUGCAGAAUUGAAGGUGCUAAGAGAAAAUAAUCAGACCCUUGAAAGAGAUAAUGAGCUGCAAAGGGAGAAGGUAAAAGAAAAUGAAGAAAAGUUCCUUAGUCUUGAGAAGGAGCACGAGAGAGCACUGGGGACUUGGAAGAAACAUGUUGAAGAACUUAAUGGAGAAAUGAAUGGGAUUAAAAAUGAGUUGUCAUCACUUAAGGAAACUCAUUUUAAGUUGCAAGAACAUUACAACGAAUUGUGUGAACAGAAAAAAAAUGAGGAAUGUAAGAAGUUUCAGGAUGUUCCAGAACAAAAUAAUGAAAAUAGUGAUGAACUAUCUAGUAAAAAAUCAGAAAAUACCAUCACACAAAAGUACAAAUAUGGUCAAGAAAUAUGGGGAAAAAAUACAAAGAACUUUUGUUUGGAAACUGAAUAUAGUGAAAAAGAGGAAAAGAAAGACCUACCUGUAGGAAAAACUGCAGAAGAUUUGCAGCCUUUUGAAAUAAGUGCCAAAAGUGAAAUUACUACUAUGGUAUCUCAGGACGGAAACCAAAGUAGAAUGUCCCCACACAAAAUCCUCUGCCUAGAUAAAGAUGAAACUGAUCAAGAGCAAACCUCAAAUGUUCCUGACAGUAGAAAAUCAACUACUGUAGAAGUAAAAGACAAGCUGUGCUUGGAAAAGGCCAGUGGAUGUUCGGAAUUUAAAUCACUGAAUAAUUUCUUUUUAGUGGUAGAUGAAUCACUAGAAACAGAAACGAUAUGCCUAGAAGGAACUGAAGGACUAGGUCUUCUCCACAGUGGUGUAGAUGUACCUCUGGACACUCGAAGUAGCAAAGCAUCCUUUAAUGGCCUGUCAAAUGAGAUGGUUCACAAGAGAAACUAUAACCCAGAUGGUUCUGAAAGCAAUCCAUUCAAACAGCAAUUCAGAUUGCUUCCAGCAGACCUGGAAAAUGCUACAGAGAAGGAAAUUACAAAUUAUGACCAAACCAAAGGAGGUUUAGAUUCAUUUCUAGAUAUAAAACUAAAUCUUGAUCCGUGUAAGAAACAUGGUUUACAGGAUUCAAGUAAUGUUAUGUUAGAUGUUAAGUACCAAAAAAUUAAACAAACAUUAAGAGAGGAAAGUCACUGCAGCAUAGAGCCCUGUUCUUGUUAUCAGCCAGCCAGUAAGGCUCCCCAGAAGCCUGGAGCGACCAUUGCCUGUGCUGCAGUAAUCAGCCCACACAGUCCAUCGGCUAGCUCUGGUAAUAAUUUGACAGUACUUAAGACAUCAGAAAACAGUAAUAAUACUAUACCAACGUCGGUGACACUUGCCUCAAGCCCUGCAGAAAGAACUACAAGAACAAAUAUAAAUGACAUACCAAACAGUCCGCUUAAGAACCAUCUGGGAGCUUCAGAAAGCAGUGUGAGCACCUCACACUUUCAUGUUAACCAAGGGGACAUUCAUGCUUCACAAGCCCAAGAUUUUAAAACUGCAGUUCCCCUGACAACUUCCUCAGAAAAACAGCUUCCCAGUGAGAACCAGAUAACUGAAGCUCCAAAAGGUGGUUUCUUUUCCUUGGUGGAUGUUAAGGAAAGACAUUGCAUGUUGCUAAAUAAUAGAGAGAAAGCAGAGGCAUUAAAUGACAUCCUGUCAGAAGGAACGUGCCAUGAAGGUCAGCUGGAAGAAUCACAUUUGUCUCAUGUAACUCCAACUGCAGACUCAGUAAACACAAGUGCAAGGUCGGCCUUUGAUCUUCCUACUCCAGAUAAAACCGAGAAAACUCCAGGCUACAUGAAGUUUGUAGCCCCUAGUCCUUGGCCAAAAAUAAAUCAAACUAAAACUGUGGACACUGUAACUUCCAGCAUCCUUUUAUUGUUGAAGGAGAAACCAGUAGGUCUGUCAGAAAGCAGAGCUCCAGUGACGCUUUAUAAAGAUGUUGGUCUGGAUGACACUAGAAAAAGCAUAGAGCCAGAUCCUACCAGCAUUAGCAGAGUUGCUGACGCUGUGAGUAACUGGAACAUCCAUUUAGACCCCAAGGGAAAGCCCAGUGAAGAGAGGAAUGCAGCUGCACAGACGGUUUAUGAGUCUUCUUUCCCCACAGAACAUGUGAAGGCAGAGCCUUUGAUUUCAACUGUGCAACGAAGCCAUCCCCAGACAAUCCAGGUCACAGACUCUCCUGAUCCACUCACCUUUUCUCCUGGUAACAAUGACUGGCAGAGCCUUGUGAUGAACCAACUAACUGAAAUUGAAAAGUUACUAAGCUUAGAAAGUGACAACCAGCCCAAAAGAAGAAAAGUAGAAGACAUCCUAGAUAAAGUAAUUGAUUAA